UUUCACUCUGUCAAGAGUCGUAUUUCAGAUAUUGAACCAUCGAAGGUCAGGCUAUGGUUUUUAUGUUAAGGUGGUGGAUCCUGCUGUGCCUACUGUCGGGACAUUUUGCAGAGGUGAUGAAGAGCAACAUCUUCUUCCUCUCUGGUCAGACAGAGAGAGUAAACCUGUCUGUUUCACACCUGACUCAACAACCUGAGUCUGACCUGGCUCAAUCUGAGUUAGAAUUUGUCUGGAUGUGGACGUCACAUGAUGGCAGAUACUCAGAUGUUCUUCUAGCCAAAGCUUCAUCAUCUCGGCAAGAGGCCAGCACACACUUCAUGGACUAUUUCUCUCUUAGCAAAGACCAUGAUAUCACAGUUAAACCAAAGUUUGAAUGUGCAGGGGUGUUUCUGUUUGCAAGAACGAAACCAGAGUAUGUCCCACUGGCUGAAAUUGAGGUCUUCGCCACAAAAUUUACUCCUUCCCUUUGGCCUACAUUUCGUCUGGCUUCUGAUGUGAGUGUUAGUUGUGAGUUGUCCAGGUUGCCAAAAGGGGCCACGUUGCAGUGGGAAAUUGAAGGAGAGCCCACUUCGAACACCACAGUGUUCUUCAACAACACUGUUCACAUGGUCAUCAAAGGUUUACAGAGGAGGUCGAGGAGCUACUGCUGUAAAAUCAUAUUGAAUAGUAGACCGCUACACAGUGUUUGUAAUGCUAUCAGAGCUGAGGAAGUAUCAUCUGAUGCGACUCUUACGCUGUACCGAGAAAGUUCCAACAGUUCUGUGAUGGCACUGCUAUGUGUGGCAUCACGUGGGUACACACAUGCAUCAUGGUCCUGGACCCCAGCAUUAACAGCUAAAGAGGUUACGGUGGUGACGUCUGCAAAAUACACAUCCAACGUCACGUUUAAUAUCAGAUUUUCAUCCAGGGACAUCAACAGUUACUCCCUCCCUCUGUAUAUUUUGCCAGUGGAGUUUGAGGAUGGUGGGACGUACAAAUGCUAUUUUGAUGAGGUCCUAAUUGCCUCAAUGUAUGUGUUCACAAUAAAGGUUUCCACACAGCCUGCUAAUGGAUUCCUAAGAAACUUUCCAGUGGUCCUGAGAUGUGAGUUGUCCGAGGUCAGUGGUGAAUCCGUGACCCUGACCUGGCUGAGGAUGAAUGGAAGUAGGGGGCUCCUGGUCAAACAGGAAGUCCUGACCGAGAAUCACCCCAACAGGACACUCAGUCUGACCCUGCCCAGCCUCCGUAGUGACCAGCUGCACUGGCAGUGUGUGGUGUUCACAAAGGGCAUGCUCAGAGCCGGUGUUCCCCUAAUACUUCAAGGUGCUACUGGGUCGACAGGGUUGACAGAGUCCAUUCCCUCCACAUCAAAUAUGAGAGUCAUUGUGUCCUGCUGUACUGCAUUAGUUGCUGCUGGGAUCCUACUUGUUCUUCUGGUAUUUUACCUCAAGAGAAAGAGAACAGAACCAGCUGUGACGUCCCAACCACUGACCCAUAAGACCGAACCAGUCUAUGAUAACAUCACUGAUCCACAACCUGACCACGAGAGCCCGCGGUGGCAAACAGAGGCUGAUGAGGAAGUACAUUAUUCUGAGUUUAUGUUAGGAGAACCUGGGCUUGAUCCCAAAAUAGUUGAACAAUUGUCAAAUUGGGAAAGGGAGGCAGUGAUCUAUUCAACACUCAAGAUAACAUGAACAGCUUUUCACUGUUGUAAUUUCAAUAUUCCAUAUGUUCUCGAUUUCUUAUUGUGAAAUAUAAAAGAAACAAACAUGAUGCAACAAUACGUAUUAUGACUUUGGAUAUUAGGCUGUAUGUCACGGCUUCGGGGUUUGAGGAGCAAGGAGGAACAGGAGAAGGCAUGGUGGAAGGAUAUUUAAUUGUAUCCCAGCGAAAAUAUAUAGCAUAAGCUUAACAAAGCGUCGUACAGCUCUUGAAGCAGCAAGAGACAAUCACACACAAAGACAGGGGGAGCAGAGGGAACAUAUAUAC